GAGCACCGCGAGGCGCCGCGGGGGGACGCUGGCUGUGACAAGCCCUCUGGGAACGGGGUCUGCGGCUGGCCCCUCGCUGGCCCUGUCUCCCGGCCCCGGACGGGUCCUCCCCUGGGGAGUCUGAACUUCGGCUGCUCCCUUUGCCCCCGGCACAACUGAGGAGUUGAUAAACUGCUUUGGAAGUUGAGAUAUUCUUUUUAAGCACACCUUGCAGAAAUUAUCAACAACAGCCUGUAGACAGUAACUCUUCAUCAAGGCCAGCAGUGUCCUCUUUGCUGAAGUACAUUGUUUCCUGUCCCGAAGGGGCACAGGAAGGACAGCAGCAUACACACUUUCUCCCAAAAGGAUGUCCCCCUUCUACAGCUGCUGGGGGACUGGACUGCUGCUGCUGCUCCUCCUGGCCAUCACAGUAAGAGAAUCCUGGCAGGCAGAAGAAAAAACCUGCGACCUGGUAGGAGAAACGGGGAAAGAAUCAGAGAGAGAGCUGGCUGUACUGAAGAGAAUGACACCACUGUUCACCAAAAGCUUUGAGAGCACUGUGGGCCAGGGCCAAGACACCUAUAUGUACAGAUUCAGAGUGUGCAGGGAAGCUGGUAACCACUCCUCCGGGGCAGGCCUGGUGCAGAUCAACAAAAGUAACGGGAAGGAGACUGUGGUGGGGAGAAUCAACGAGACUCACAUCUACAAUGGAAGUAAUUGGAUUAUGCUGAUCUAUAAAGGGGGUGAUGAAUAUGACAAUCACUGUGGCAAGGAGCAGCGCCGUGCAGUGGUGAUGAUCUCCUGCAAUCGACAUACCCUAGCGGACAAUUUUAUCCCUGUGUCCGAGGAGCGAGGCAAAGUCCAAGAAUGUUUCUACCUCUUUGAGAUGGAGAGUAGCGUGGCCUGUCCCCCAGAGGUCUCCCACCUCAGUGUGGGCUCUAUCUUACUUGUCACGUUUGCCUCACUGGUUGCUGUCUAUAUCAUCGGGGGGUUCCUGUACCAGCGAUUGGUGGUGGGAGCCAAGGGAAUGGAGCAGUUUCCCCACUUGGCCUUCUGGCAGGAUGUUGGCAACCUGGUAGCAGAUGGCUGUGACUUUGUGUGCCGUUCUAAACCCAGAAAUGUGCCUGCUACAUACCGUGGUGUGGGGGAUGAUCAGCUGGGGGAGGAUUCAGAAGAAAGGGAUGAUCAUUUACUACCAAUGCCAUGUGCCCAGAAGCCUGGCCUGAUCUUUAUUUAAUAGUGAACCUGUGCCAUUGAAGAGUAACCUGGCUCCAUGGGGCACAAGAGGAUGGAAUCCACCGGCAGGGGCCUUUCAUAGCCUUAGAGGAGAAAUUUAUUUCAUCCUUGGACUUUUAAAUACUGUUGGAAUGACUUUUUUCUUUAUAAACAGGGAAAAUAAUGUUACAAAAAAGCAUCUUUUUGUUAUUUGUUUGCACCCUUCCCCCACACUCUAGUGUUUUAAAAAUG